CCCGCGCCCCUCCUCCUCCCGCCGGCCUCCGCUUCCCAGAAUCCAAGAUGGCGGGAUCCAGGCAGAGGGGUCCCCAGGCCAGAGUUCGGCCUCUUUUCUGCGCCCUGCUGCUGUCGCUUAGUCGUUUCGCCGGGGGCGACGGCAUGGGAGGCGACCCCGCGGCCGCUGGUGCGGCGGGCACCGCAGCCGCAUCGCCACACCGCCGUUUCGAGUACAAAUACAGCUUCAAGGGGCCGCACCUGGUGCAGAGCGACGGGACAGUGCCCUUCUGGGCCCACGCGGGGAAUGCUAUUCCGAGUUCAGAUCAAAUUCGAAUAGCGCCAUCUUUAAAAAGCCAGAGAGGAUCAGUGUGGACAAAGACAAAAGCGGCCUUUGAAAACUGGGAAGUUGAGGUGACAUUUCGCGUGACUGGAAGAGGUCGAAUUGGAGCUGACGGCCUGGCAGUUUGGUACACAGAAAAUCAAGGCUUGGAGGGGCCUGUGUUUGGAUCAGCUGAUAUGUGGAACGGUGUUGGAAUAUUUUUCGAUUCUUUUGACAACGAUGGGAAGAAAAAUAAUCCUGCUAUAGUGAUCAUAGGCAACAAUGGACAAAUCCAUUAUGACCAUCAAAACGAUGGUGCCAGUCAAGCUUUAGCAAGUUGCCAGAGGGACUUUCGUAAUAAGCCCUAUCCCGUCCGGGCAAAGAUUACCUACUACCAGAAAACACUGACAGUAAUGAUCAACAAUGGCUUCACACCAGAUAAAAAUGAUUAUGAAUUUUGUGCCAAAGUGGAAAAUAUGGUUAUCCCUCCUCAAGGACAUUUUGGAAUAUCUGCUGCAACUGGAGGGCUUGCAGAUGACCAUGAUGUCCUUUCUUUUCUGACUUUCCAAUUGACCGAGCCGGGGAAAGAGCCGCCUACACCAGAUAAAGAAAUUUCAGAAAAAGAAAAAGAAAAGUAUCAAGAGGAAUUUGAGCACUUUCAACAAGAAUUGGAUAAAAAAAAGGAGGAAUUCCAGAAGGGCCACCCGGACCUUCAGGGGCAUCCUGCAGAUGAAAUAUUUGAGAGUGUAGGAGAUCGUGAGCUGAGACAAAUCUUUGAAGGACAGAAUCGUAUCCAUCUUGAGAUCAAACAGCUGAACCGACAGUUAGAUAUGAUUCUUGAUGAACAGAGACGAUAUGUCUCUUCCUUGACGGAGGAGGUCUCUAAAAGAGGAGUCGGAAUCCCAGGACAGCAUGGACAGAUCACUCAGCAAGAGCUGGAUACUGUGGUGAACUCUCAGCAAGAGAUUCUGAGACAAGUAAAUGAAGUGAAGAAUUCCAUGAGUGACACCGUCAGACUGGUCAGUGGCCUGCAGCAUCCCGGAUCUGUGGGGGGAGUUUAUGAGUCCACCCAGCACUUCAACGACAUCAAAGAGCACCUUCACAUAGUAAAGCGGGACAUCGAUAACUUAGUGCAGCGAAGUAUGCCAUCAAACGAAAGACCAAAAUGCCCAGAACUACCACCAUUUCCAUCAUGUUUAUCUACGAUACACUUUGUUAUAUUUGUAGUGGUACAGACCGUGUUAUUCAUUGGUUAUAUCAUGUAUAGGACUCAGCAAGAAGCAGCUGCCAAAAAAUUCUUUUGACCACGAUUUUCAUAUGUGUACAUCAUGUAUGUGUGUACAAAAUGUUGUCUUUUUGAGGGAAUUUAAGUAUUUAAAUUGCUUCAUAGUCUAAAUUAUUAAAUUUUGUAUAAAAUAACUUUAAACGUUGAUUUGCAGUAAGAAUAAACCUUAAAACAAAGACAACCACAUGUAAAUUUGUGCAUAGUACAUAAAUCUAUUUAAAUUUCAGUGAAUUUCUGGCCAGUAGAAUACAACCACUGAACAGAAUAUUGAUUAAAAAAAGAAGAUGGUAAAUAAUAGAAACUGGGGGGCCCCCCAGAUGUGAAAGUUACCCCUACGUCUCCAGUGUUGGAAGGUUUCUUUAUUUAACGUAAAUACACUUGCCCUCCUGACCCCCAAACUCUGUGAUCUGAGAGCUCCCCAUCAUGUCCAUUUUGUGACCAGACUCUUCUCUUAGAGGUCAAGUUUCCUACUCUGUGACUCAGUCCUGCAGGCCUUUAAUGCAGUUCCCCUUUGAAAUCAAAGAAUAUUUUGUCUGAGAGCUUUAGGAUCUAGAAAAUAGGCUUUGGAAUGUUGAAGUAUUUUGCCCUCCUAUUAUCCAGGAUACAUUUCACUUUUAAAGGGAGUUUCGGAAGAAAAUGAAGAGCUGCUCUUUGCCUGAAAACCCGUUUAGGUGAAGACGUUUGUUCCUCUCAUACUCGUUUUUAGAGGUCGUCUUCUGCCUGGUAAUGUGUUCAUUUCAUGACUGUUGCGCACGUUCUCGAAUGCCUCCAUUGCAUCAGUGUCAGUUCAAGAUUAUGAAAAUGAUCUUGGGGUUUAUUUGUAGCUUAAGGAACUUAUUUCUCCCAUGUUGUAUAGUGUGUAAGUCCAGCUCCGACUGCCUGUCUUGAGGAUAAUGCUCACAAAACCUAUUGCAUUUUGGUUAACAUUACGUGAUAUAAUCUGGUGGUGUUUAAAUCAAGCAGGCUAUAUAGUAGAAGCCAUGUUAAGAUUUUGAAGGCAACAUUUGCAGAAUAGAAUUACUAGUUCUGAUUUCUUUUUUUGUAAUGCCAGAACUGAGGGUAUUGCGAAGCAGUUACUAGGAAGCUCAAUCCUGAAAUGUCACACUGGAAGGGGUUAUUGUAGUCUUUGUACAUAGUUGUUCUAGGUAUUCUAGAAACAGUUGGUAAAGGUCAUUUUAAAAUUCAGACCUGUUUUCACAGCUGACGUAGACCUGUUUCUUACUGGCUUCCAAAUACUCUUUAAGUAGUUAUCUGUCCUUUGUCACAGAAGCCAAAAUAAUACUGUGUUAUAAAACAGUACUGUUUGAUUCUUCCAGACCUUCAUGAAUUUGCUCUCAAAUGUCAUUCACAGAUUGGGCUAACCACCUAAAGUCUCUGUGGAGCCCGGGAGGAGCUCCGUGCUGUGCGCAUGCACAGCCCUAGCCUUGCUUUCUAGAUUCCCGUUCAUCCUGGAACACUGAACGAGAAUAUUCUAGUGACGUCCUGCUCCGCUCCGGUCGCUUUCCCAGAGAACAUGUUUCUGUGGUCUGCCUGGGUGGUAGUAGUAACAUUCUGAAAUCCGUGUUUCAGAGACCUCACACAGUCUGCUCUUAAUCUGAAAGACACAAACAGAAAACCUCCGGAAGAAUAUUUAAGUUGUGGACUGUGAAAGUCGGGAAGUCCUCUUGAGGUAAAAGGCUGCAGACUGUCCAGUGUUACAAAACCCGUGGUCACACGUGCCCGAAUGUCCAGCAGGAAAACCAGAUGUACAUCCGCCCUGACCCGGGGAGGCGGCGGCCACGGGAGCACGUGCAUCUUUUUCUCUCUUACUUAGUCAUUUCAUUGACUUGAAAAUCCCUUAGUAAAGCAGUUCGCACAGGCCCUUCGUCAUAUUGGUUGAAAUGCGGUUUCUUUUCCUCAAAAUCACAGACCUUAGGUGGCUUCAUUUCUGAAGAAAAAUAUUUGCUCUGCGGAGAAAUCCGUCACUGCCAGGACCCUUUCAUUUCUAUACUGUUUUGUAGAAUUGAAUUUGUUGACUUCUCUCACACCAGCAACUAUUUUCCAGGUGCCUUGGAUGAAAACAAAAUUGAUUUUAAAUUUUUAGUGUAUAACUCCUUGUGCUUCUGAUGCCACUUUUAAAAAGAAAUUAAUUACCUAAUGGCUGAUGCUUUUAUUUAGUGUGUCUGCUUGUGUUCUGAUUAUUCUAAUGUUUUAUUCAGCUCAAAACUUCCCUGUGAAGCCACAGACAGUAAGCGGUGUUCUGUUAGGUAUUAAAGGGACGUCAGCAUUUCUCAAAGUGUGGUCCGGGGACCAUCCGGGUCCUGGUGUGCUUGUGAAGAAGACAGAGUCCAGGGCUCCGUUCUAAGUCGCCUGAACCAGAAUUCAGGGGCGAGGCUUCCGAAAGUCGUUUUCAGCAAGCACCUCGGGAUUCUGAGCACACCUGAGAACCACUAAGAUGAGGAAUGCGAAAGUAGAAGUCUUUUGUUGGUUUAAAGCUGAGCUGGGAGCAUAAUGUGACAUUUUCAUCGUCAGUGACAUCAGUAAAUGCGCCCUGAUUCUUUUAUACUUCAUAAUUAAUGUUCUUUUUACUAAAACUCUGGGUUUAUUAAUAAUCACACAUUAAGCCCAGAUUGUUGCCCAUAGCUUUUGGUACUUUGUUUGAUGGUUUUUAAACUUAUAAAACAAGCCGUGGAAACUCCCAUCUCAAAGUACGCCUGCUAAAGCUCUUUGCUUUCCUGAUUGCAAUUUUUGUGGCAUUUUAUCUCAGACAAUUAUACUUUUUGGUAACUUGGGGAAAACAAAUUACUUGAAUAAGGGAUUGCCUGACCCAAUGCAUUGCAGAGAUACAAUCUUUGUAAAGAAUUUAAAUAGCAGUUGUGAAUAUUAAGAUGUGAUUAUCUUUUCCUGUUCAUGUGCUCACUGCAGGGAGAUAGUGAACAAACGACUAUAUGGGGUGGUUUGUUGUUUUUUUUUUUAUUUAUAAGGCCUAAUGUAAAAUCACCACUUGCAACUUUUUAGACCUGUAUGUUUGCCUGUUUAAUAUUUUUCUUUUAAAAUUUAAAAGGGUUUUCUAUCCACUGUUCAUUUCAUGAAAUUGGGUAACAUUUUGUCAAGUGUUUUUUUCUGAUAUUUGAUGCUAGCUGAAAUUCAAGAAAUGACAUUGACCUUAUUCAAAUAAAGAAAUAUUUUAGUAAA